GCACGCUCGGGUCUCGACUCUCGGCUCUCGGCUCUCGACUCUCGACUCUCGGCGAUCUCGUCGUUCUGCGAAGGUCGGAACUGCUCUCCGACGAACACGAACGGGCACAGCUACGAGGGUCCUUCCCUUCGAUUUUUAUUGCGGUGAUCUCAUUCCUUUCUUUUUUCUCUUGUUUCGUUUCGCUUGGUUCUUCAUCCGUCGAAAUUUUGAUUAGGGUUCAGAAUUUUUGUUGGUCUUGGGGUUCUUUUAAUCGAUUCUUGGUUGUCGACUUUCUUGUGGGAAGAUCGAUCUUUCUGGUUUUCUCGAUCGUUUUUCGUCACCUAGCCAGUCUCGUUCUGGUUUCGAUUGGAAAAUAUGUCUUCUUCGCGUUCUAGGCGUGUGGAGUACGACCGCUUCAUCCCGUUCCGGUCGGCGAUGGACAUGGACUACGCACGCUUUGCCCUAACCGGGCCUUCGAGACCGCAGCGUGAUGGUUCGAGGGAAUCCCCAUCGAGCGUGGCGUACCAAAAGCUUCUUGACGAGUGCAUUUUGAAGAACAGGUCUCGUAUCCUCGCUUUCAAGACUGCACCUGAAGCGUCGGCCAGCAAGCUGCCCGAGUUUGACGAGCCCAUUCGGCCGCAGAAGAAGCAGCAGAGGCGAAUCCCUAAAGAACCAGAGAGGGUUUUGGUAAUCCACGGCUUGUUGGAUGAUAAUGUUUUGAAUCUCCUCGACUGGGGAAGCAAUAAUGUGUUGGCGAUUGGCCUUGAGGACGCAGUGUAUCUCUGGGACGCUGCAAACGAGUCGACUAAGCUUCUACAACCCGUAGAAGACAGAGGACCUAUCACUUGCAUCCGCUGGUCGCCAGACUGUGCUGUUCUUGCUGUCGCAUUUGGCAAUUCAGAUUUAUCCCUGAUUGAUCCAGCAACAGGACAUGUCGUGGAUGGGAUGGAAGAUGAGAACCAGGCCCCUGUGUUGUCACUUGCGUGGAGAAGUAAUUCAAUCUUGACAGUCGGAAGAUUUGAUGGCACUGUUGUUGAUUAUGACUUUAGAAAGGAUGACAUGUUCAUCUGUUUCUAUAAUGGGCAUCGGCGUGGAGUUUGUAGUCUUAAAUGAUCCGUGUUGUUAGGGUGGUAUUUGGCGAGUGGAGGGCAGGACAAACUAGUGCACAUAUGGGAUGCCUGUAUGCCUGUCUCACGUGACCAUCCACGUCAACGUCAAUGGCUUCACAGGAUCAGCAGCCACACUUCCAUUGUGAAGGCCGUUGACUGGUGCCCAACUCGGAGCAACCUGCUGGCUUCUGGUGGAGGUUGCAAUGAUCAUUGCGUUAAGUUUUGGAACACCAUUAACGGUGCUUGCUUGAACUCGAUUGAUGCUGGCUCUGAAGUUUGUGCAUUGCUAUGGGACAAAAACAAAUCUAAAUUACUGACCUCCCAUGGUUCGCCGAACAAUCAACUCACCUUGUGGAAUUACCGAUCCAUGACGAGAGUGGCUGAGGUUUCCGGUCAUUCAUCCCGGGUUCUUUCCUUGGUUGGGAGUCCACUGGGAGGUGUAGUAGCUUCUACAGCAGCAGAUGAGACAGUCAGGUUUUGGAAUAUCUUUGAGACUCCCAAAAUAACAAAACCUGAAUUGCCCUUUGCCCAAUUUAAUGUUCUCAUAAGAUGAAAAGGCGGAUAGGUGGAAAUGAUUAAGAUUCCAAAUGGAAGACUUCUCUAGUGCUUGACAUGAAGAUUUGUUGUUGGUAACAUUGCAAUGGGAAGUUUCGUGGUGUCAAAGAGGCAGCACAUUUUCAUACAAGCGCAUGGAUUCGAGAUCUUCAAAUAUGAGCGCAACUGCCUAAGAUUUCUUAUGAUAUUCAAUAUGGCCUUGGUAUCACAUGAAGACAUCACAUUGCACACCUAGAAGAGUGUUUGACAAUCGAGAGAUCUAUGCAUUAUAAGAGGUAAUUGCCUAUGGCCUUAUGUUUCUAUUUUUUCUUUCCGACUAUAAGUUUCCUAUGAUAUAAGUUAAACUUAAGAAUUUUAUAUUCUUUUAGGACUAUAAAGAAACUUUGAAGAUUGAACUGUGUAGCUCUAUUGCCAGAACAAAGCACUUGUAAUAUGGCCUUAAGUAUCACAUGAAGAUAUCACAUUGCCAAAACAAACUUUGAAGAUUGAUCCGUAUAACAAACUUCAGAUUUCCUUUUCCAUUUUUUUUUGAGUUGAGAUUUCUUAUAACAUUCAAUAUGGCCUAGUUAUCACAUGAAGACAUCACAUUGCAUAUCUAGAAGUGUGUUUGACAAUCGUGAGAUCUAUGCAUUAUAAGAGGUAAUUGCUUAUGACCCUAUGCUUCUUUUUUCUUUUCUAACUAUAGGUUUCCUAUGAUAUAAGUUGAACUUCAGAAUUUUAUAUUCUUUUAGGACCAUUAAGAAACUUUGAAGAUUGAACUGUGUAGCUCUAUUGCCAGAUCAAAGUACUUUCACAUGAUGAAUUUAAAAUCUUGCUAUGGUGUCUUUGCUAAAUCUUUAUUCACAGAUACAAAGAUAUUAAAGCAUCUUUGGAUUUGCUUAGAGGGUGAAAAUAUGGAAACUUAUGGUGUUGCACAACUAUAAUCAUAUUCAACAACUAAGAGAUCUAUGCAUAAUUUUGAUCUAAGAUGUAACUUCUUAUGUCUUUAUUUUUUGGGUGACUAAAGGUUCCCUAAAAUAUCCAUUAGCCUUCAGAUUUUUUAUGUUCUUUUAGGACCAUUCUAGAACCCAUGAAAACUUUUAUUUGGUGUAGAUAUUAUUUCACUACGGAGUACUUCAUUUCACUUGAAAUAGUAUUUUUUUUAUGUUUAUUUGCAUAUAAAAAGAUACUUAAGCAUCUCAGGAUUUUGUUUAGAGGGUGAAAUAAUUUAGAAAAUUGUGGAGUUGCAAAACUAGAAUUGUGUUUGACAAUCAAAAGACUAUUGAUCAACCACUCAGAUAUUGUUUUAAAAACUGUUCAUGAAAUGAAUAAUUUUCAAUUUGAAAUUUUUCGAAAAUAAAGAUAAGUUCAAGAGUGAAAUCCAAGCCUAAAAUUUUUUGUUUUUAGUAAGAUGUGUCAUAAUUUCUGUAGAAAGCAGUUAUUCAACCUAAGAGAACUGCAAACCACAGUAUAUACCAUAAUAGUAAAGAGAUACCAAACAAAUAAAUCUAUGAGCUUGAUAAAGGUGAGGCAUUGUAAUUCUGUUUAUUAUGUUUUUCCCUGUGAAAUAAAAAAAAAUAUCAAAUUUAUAUGUCUUUCCAUGAAUAGAUUAUGUCUUCUGCAACAUAGAUACACUUCUGAUCCUAAGAUAGGGCUUGAAAAAUGGUGUCAAAUGGGAUAUAAUGCAGUUCUAAAGUUUGGAAGUUAGCUUACUAGACCAACAGUUCAUAAAUGCUUCAUUAUAGUAAUAGUGGAGUAGUUCGGGUCCUUCCGAUUAACAAGAUCUUCAUUAAAGGUUUCGAUUUGGAUUUAUCUUACUGAAUCAGCUGUAGUUGUAGCAGAGUGGUAGCAAUGUUCAUGAGCUUGAUAGACAAGCUUGCUAUGUUUCAUAUAAAUGUUCACCAAUUAAUAACAUGGCUACUAUUUCAGUAUUUUUUCAAUUAUGUUAUUGUGGUCAUUUACCAUAAGUUUCAGCAUCCAAGCACUAUAUCUGAAAUUUGCCUUUGUAAGUAUAACACCGACCUUUGAGUUGGUAUUUCUUGUUUCCAACUUCCCUAUUUGUUUACUGAGAUUAAGGUAGCAAUAGCGGUUGUGAUUAUUUAUUGCGAUUCCAGUAAUAUCACAUGUGGUACCAAGUUUGAAUUUGACACGAUAAUUCCGAUUGAUUUAUUUAAGUCAUCAUUUUUUUUAAUAAUCUAUUCAUGAUCUUGUUGGUUGUAAUGGAGAGACAAAUUGAAUAUUGGGUAAGCAUUUGAAGUUUCCAUCACCAAAGUUACAAUCCCUUCCAACACCUCUACCUCUGUGCCCCUUGCCAUCAUCAUAUAUAUCUUGUAAACUAUCAUUGGCCAUAUGGACAAGGCUAAUGUGGUGGAGAUUGAUGAUCCUCAGAAAGCUCCAGAGCUUGAUCGAGACAAACAAGAAGCUGCAGUGAAGCUCAUGGCCAACGGUGCGUGCACCCUUUGCAAUACGGGGAAGGGAUAAAGAGACUUAGAGCAUUGAUGUUUCAUUUACUGGAAUUUGAGAAUCAGGUUCAAGUAUCCUUUCUUUGUUGAAUAUUUUGGUUACUCCUUUACUAGAAAGUAUCUAUGGUGGUUUCUCAAAUUUUAUCAUUGAAAAGUCUACUGCACUAAUUAAUUCUCUUUCUUGUCUAACUUCUGGCCUGCCUCUUAACAUUCUGUAAUCUUUUUAUCAAAUUAGUUAUAAUUACUAACAAAGAAUUGUGACUUCUAUUAGUCUUUCUUGUCUAACCAGUGUUUCAACCUGGGCUCAGUACGGUACGGUACGGUGUACCGACCGGUACCCCCAGGUGCACCGAGCGGUACACCUAAUUUCAGUCCGUUAAACCCUCCGAAAAUACCUGAAAAUAAAAAAAAAAGUUAGGAUAGGGUUUUCAAGUUAUAAAUAAAUAUAGUAAUAGUAUAAGUUUAGCAAAA